AAAUUGUUUUUUAAAAUGUCUAAAAGUACGGGUGUCAAAUGGAGGGACAGCCAUCAUUUAGAAGACGGGAUUUGUGAAUUGACAGAAGUGAUUCGAUUUGAUCCUUCAACAAUGAACGGUCACGAAAGCGUUAGCGAGCCCGAGGUGCAGAACGCAAACGUCUCUGUCAUCGAAGAAAGGACAAACAAUUCGUUGUUGGCCAGUUUAGCUAGCGGAAUUGCUCUCUAUGAAAGUUUACAGUAUAAUAAUUCGGAUAUAGAAGAGAGAAUAAAAGAAAUAAAUGACUUGAUUUUCCGCUUAGAAGAUAUGGCUACUGUAUUGAAGAUUCAAUUGCAUUCUGCCAGAGAAACCUCACAGACAAAUAGAGAAGUUAAACCCCGGAAACCUAUUCCUUUCGUCAUUAGAUACCAACUUCUGUUUGUUUUACUUUUCCAGGGAAUAAUACUGUCACUAUCAGCUCUUUACGAUCAUUUAUGGAAACACGGCCCUAUGUUUUACGAAACAAUGGUGAACGUAAUAUCGGUUAUCCUUUUUAUAAUAAAUGCCUUAAUAGUUUGCAUUGGAACAGCUCUUUUAUCGAAACAUUUAUUGAAACACGACGUGGAAUCUGUAUUUAUGGCACAAACGUAUUUUUCUACAGUUAUCGUCUUCUCCAGUCUGUACUUCAUCGUUUUUAGAUUCGAACCCACUAGUUGGGAAUUUUCUGAAACGGACCACAUUAAAAGCAACGGAGCCUUUGCCCAAUAUAUAAGAAUGCUCUAUUUAUCUGUGUCGUCUGCCACUUUAUGCGGGGCCGCAAACAUCCAGCCCAAAUCGUGGUACGUCACACUAAUGGUUUGUUUCCAGAGUUUGGUCAAUUUUGUUUAUUUUGCAUCGAUUCUCGCUCAAACUAUCGGCAACUACAACAGUUACACCGUUCAGAUUCAGAGAGCUCAAUCUCUGACAUCAUCCUCUAGUUUCAGACAUGGAGUCAGAAGAAGUACUAUUUCACCCCGAUAGAGUUCGAAUUCUUUUCUAAAAUAUUC